AUGUCCAUUGUAUCUCUCCUCGGCAUCGAGGUCCUCAACAAUCCCGCGCGUUUCACCGACGCGUACGAAUUCGAGAUCACAUUUGAAUGCUUGGAGCCUUUGAAAGGCGAUUUGGAAUGGAAAUUGACCUACGUUGGUAGUCUGAGAUCGCUAGAUCACGACCAGGAACUUGAUUCCAUAUUGGUGGGUCCUGUUCCGGUGGGAAUCAACAAAUUUCUUUUCCAGGCCGAUCCUCCUUCCCCUGAAUUGAUUCCUGCGAGCGAAUUGGUCAGUGUGACGGUGAUAUUGUUGUCCUGUUCCUACGCUAAUCGUGAAUUUGUUAGAGUGGGCUACUAUGUGAACAACGAAUACGACCUGGAGGAGUUGCGCGAAAACCCUCCUACAAAGGUGCAGGUGGAGCAUGUCACCAGAAACAUCUUGGCCGAGAAGCCACGUGUGACCCGCUUCAAUAUUGUUUGGGAUAAUGAAGAUGGCACCGCUGACCAGUAUCCUCCUCAGCAACAGGUAGACGAGGAGGAUGAGGAGGAAGAAGAAGAAGAAGAGGAGGAAGAGGAAGAAGAGAACGAGGAAGAGUUGGAGGAUGAGGAUGAGGAGGGCGAAGAGGUUGAAGAAGAGGAAGACCUCAACGACGAAGAUAUGGAGGAGGACUUGGAGGGCGAAGGCGAGGAUGUGUCGCAGGCCAACAUUGAAGAAGGCAGUGGUCUGGGCGCUGCAACUCCUAGAGAUAAGGCGCUGGAAAGUUAG